CACUGCUUGCCUGAGCGUCGCGCAAAAAACAGCAGCGGCGGCCGUUGAGGAAGAGAGUAAAUAGAGAGGAGCCUCAAGAUGGCUGACUCGAUGGGCUCCGUUCACCUUCCUGGAGCCGCUGCUACUGCGGUAGUCCCGUCGGUCGCCUCCGCCAAAAGCGCAACCGCGAAACAGACCGAGGCGAAGGGAGCCCCCGACUCUCGUUCCCAGUCUUCCCGGGAUUUCAACCCGCCGCCGCCCAAGAAGGUCCGAGCCGAGGAGAAGAGCGUUAAAGCCAAGAAACUCGGCAGAGACGGCGGAGUGGGAGGCAACGGCGGCAGCAGAGAGAAACUCCAGCAGCCCAGCAAGCAGCAGCCGCAGCAGCAGCAGCAGCAGCAGCCCCACGGCGCCAGCGCGGCCGUGUGGAGCUUCAGCCAGGUCAAGGCGAGCAGCGACAACGCUCCGGUGCCCGCCACCGGUGGAUCCCAUCCACCGACAAACACACACAAAGUCUUCAAACAGAGCGACUUCUUCCUCCACAAAGCGCCUUCCACCUCGAAAGCCAAGAAGCCCAGUAGGGACAAGCAGCGGGAGAAGGGAAAGGCAGGCGGAGAGGAGAAAAUGAAACAUAAACUGGCGCUGACCUCGGGACCGGGGAGCAACGACAUCGGCAGAUUCAACAACACUUCUGCCGCGAGGCGAGAAAAUGGAGAGGUCACGCUGCCCGCGAAAGAACACUCCAACAAGGCAAAAGACAGAGACAGAGGCGAAGGAGAGAAGAAGAAGGUCACCGACAAAGAGCGGGAGAAGAAGAAGCACAAAAUAAUGAACGAGAUCAAGAGGGAAAAUGGAGAAGUCAAGCAGCCCAUUAAAGAUGAAAAAAAGAAAGCCAAGAUCAACUCGGAGGAGCUGCAAAUCAAAAAAGUCAAGAAGAAAAAGAAAAAGAAACACAAAGAGGGGGAGAAGCACAAACGAGUGAAGAUGUAUCACCGCUCCUGCCAAACCAUCUGUGCCGGCCUACCUCUCUUCCCUCCGUCACCUCCUCCAGCCGUCAGUCCAACACACAACUCCCCCAUUUCUCCGUUUAAGUCCCCCCUGCCUGUCUACCCGCUGCCUAACAACAAGACCUCACAUGUGUUGCCCUCUUCUCCUUCUCUCGCUGCCAAAUGUCACCUGAACUCCUCGCUGCUCAGCUCUCCGCCGUCCUCCACCAAGACUCCACAACCUUCCCCAACCAAACACCAGCCUCAGGGCUCCUAUCCUGGAAUGGCAGGCCUACAGUUUGCCCAAUACAUCCACAUAGAGAGCCAGCCCAACGGAGGAGCACUGGUGGCGCACGCCUACACCUCACAGCUCUCCUCACUCUCAGUGGAACAGAGGCACAGAUUUGCUGAAGAGUUUGUCAGCUUGGCUUUCAGGGAGGACUCAUCCCAGGCAGCUCAUUACGUUAUGUCCAUCAUCCAUGGAGAAGCCAGUUACCUGCCUGACUUCUUGGACUACUUCUCAUCCAGGUUUCCAUCAGCUCCAGUCAAAAUGGAAAUACUGGGAAAGAAGGACAUAGAAACUACCACUAUGGCUAAUUUCUACUCUCAGGUGAGAAAAACCUACAGUCAUGGAACAUACAGAGCUGGGGCGAUGAGACAGAUCAGUCUGGUGGGAGCUGUGGACGAGGAGGUUGGGAAUUAUUUCCCAGAAUUCCUCAACAUGCUGGAGGAGUCACCUUUCCUUAAGCGAACGCUUCCAUGGGGAACCUUCUCCAGCCUCAGUCAGAUGAGUCCCUCCGAGAGCGACGACGGUCCCAUAAUGUGGGUCCGGCCAGGAGAACAGAUGAUACCUGUAGCUGAUGUGCCAAAGUCCCCUUUUAAAAGGAAACGCUCCACCAAUGAGGUGAAGAACCUGCUGCAGUCACUGCCCAGGACCAGUGAGCCCAGAGAGAUGCUGUUUGAGGAUCGGACCCGGGCGCACGCGGAUCACAUUGGUCAAGGUUUUGAGCGUCAGACCACAGCGGCUGUAGGGGUGCUGAAGGCUGUGUGUUCCAGUGAAAGCCCCGAGCCUUCUCGUGUAACCAAAGACGUUGUGUGUUUCCACGCUGGUGACUUCCCCUAUGUAGUUCAGAGGCUGCAACUGGACCUGCAUGAACCUCCGCUGUCUCAGUGUGUGCAGUGGGUAGAUGAUGCCAAACUAAACCAGCUGCGUCGGGAGGGCAUUCGCUACGCGCGCAUCCGCCUGUGCCACGAUGACAUCUACUUCAUCCCCCGCAAUGUGGUGCACCAGUUCAAGACCGUCUCCGCUGUCUGCAGCCUGGCAUGGCACAUCCGUUUAAAGCGGUACCACCACGAGGAGGGAGACGAGCCGGCGAAGGAGGAGAAGCUGCAUGAGUUGGAGGAGGAGGAUGUAGAAGAUGAGGCGAGGAACGAAAAGAGGGUUGAAAGAGGAGUGAGGAAGAUCAAAGAGGAAGAUGAGGAGGUGGACUGGCAGGAAGGCAGGACGCUACUGGCUGUCAAAAAGGAGGAGGAGGACCGUCAACUCCAUCCUCAAUGUCGACCUCUUCCUUCUCAGCCUGUCGUCUCCGUAGGCCCUGACACCGACAGGAAGGAGGGAAAAGAGAGGGAAACACGAGAUGGAAGACCUAAACAGCAGGACUGUGCUUCUACUCAGGCAAAGACAGAGCCUCCAGCUCCUCCUCUUUGCAAAAACAAAUCACCCUCAUCUCCUCUUUUGUCCUCUCCUGUGUCCCUUAUUCUUCCUCAUCAGGACAUGAAACCCAAAACAUCAUCGAGGCCUCAUCAUCAUCAUCAGCAGCAGCAGCAUCAGCGUCAGUCAGACUGCAGAACGUCUUCCAGUAUAACUUCCUCUUCCAUGUCUUCUAAUUCCCACCUGGCUCCCAAAUCGUCACCUUCUACGUUAUUGCCUUCAGCAGGAUUAACUGAUUUACCUUUGUGCUCUUCAUCUGCUGCUCCCAGUCUGACUUCUGCUGCUUCAUCUGUGCCUGUUCGGUCCACAUCCUCCCUGACCUCGUCUCAGCCGGACCCGUCUCUGCCGACACUCCCUUCUUCCGUUGUGUCCUUGUCUUCCCAGCCGCCUGCCUCCACUCAGUCUGAUCAACUGAAGGACAAACAAUCACCUAAGCCGGACGUUAAAUCAGACACACGGACGCAGUCUGAGAGUCAAAGACCCCAGGGGUCACCCGCCGUGGACGUACAGACGCACUCGUCCCAACCUGACGUAUGGACGCGCUCGCUAGCGGACGCACAGGAUCGAGCUCUGACAGACGUACGGACACAAACGCUUCCAGAGAACUGGACGCACAGUUCGGACUUGGACUCUAGGACAUCCAUGGAUUCCCAGACGUGUGCGCCACACAACGCCGGGAGGCCGGGAGUUUACUUGCAGCAAUACACCCCUCAGCACCUCCCUCCUCCUCACCUCCCCCAGAUGCUUCCUCCCCCCUUCUCGCCUCUUCUACCACAUUCCCACCUUCAUCACAGGCCUCCAGUUCUCCCCCCGAAUUCGCUGCCCAAUCCCUCCGUCCCUGUACAGCCACAAUCCCUGAACUCUUGGAGUCAGAACCCCUCCCCUCAUGCAGUUCACAUGAGCCACCUCCCCCCCUACCCAAACAUCACCACCCAGUCCCAACCAUAUUACCAGCCUCCCCUCAUGGGCUCCCCGUCUCCGCCAAACACGCCUCUCACCAGCUCCCAGCCUUUUCCUCCUCACCUCCCUCACCAUUUUGCCAAAACCUUUUUCCCAACGCAGCAUCCGCACUUCUCUCACCCCUUUCUCCCCCCUCAGUCUUUCCACUCUCACCCUCCCAACUCCUACCCCCUGCAACCGCAAUACCAAACCUCGGCGCCAACGCAGGUUCAGCUCCCUCUGUCACAGCCUUUCCCUCACCAGCCUCCUCCACCUGCUUCCUCACAAUCUCCGCCUCCUCCUCCCCCUCCCUUUCAUCCUCCUCUCCCUCCCCAACCUUCCCCCUCUGUCCAUCCUCCUCGUCCAACGCACGAAGACGGGCAGAAACAGAUUUUAUAGUAGUUUUGUACAUACCGAUGCUGUUUUUAAAUGACUGUAUAUGUACAAGGCUUUUAUUUUGGUUGUGUUGUUGUAAAACAAUGUACAAAGGAGGAAAAGAGUGGCGUGUUAUGGACAUGGUAUUGUAGUUAACUAUAAAGCAGAGUUGGACUUUAUUUACCCCAGGCCUCUUGACUGGAUUGAUGUAGAUUUUACUGAAGCUUUGGUUGUGUUAAAAAAAAUUGAGCAGUUAUUGCAUGUGCUGGUAGUUUUGGCCUUAGUUCAGUAUGGGUGCAUCAAAAUCUGAGAUUUUUCAGGUUGAAGUCUGCCAAACUGCUGUCUAGUUCCGUAUUUGAAGUAAGCCUAGCCCUUUUCCAGAUCAGAUUCUCUGAGAGCCAUCAGAGGUGGAAGAAGAUAGAUAUAUUUCUGCAUACUUUGUGUCAGAUAACUAUAUAAAAAGGUCACUAGGAUGAUCUUUUUGUGAACCUUGCAGCUAAUGCUUCCAUUUUGUGGCUUUUUUGUAGUAUAUAUUUGUGCCCAGGACUGUAUCUGGAUAAUUAAUGGGUCAAACCGUGAUAUUAUACAUGUAAUAUCACUACAUUUCCUCGGCUAUAUUGUAUCGAUACAUUCUGACCAUGCAGCGUAUUGCAGUACUUGUUCCUAAUAUUGUAUUAUGAGCAAUAAUGCUCCGCAAUAAUCUGCUGAUUUCAAGACUGCAUUUCACAGUUAUUGAUAUGGUGUCAAGUAUCAGUAUUUUAUAAGAAUGCUCAAGUCACUGAUAAAAAGACAGUAAUGUCCUGGUACAAUUUUUUUUCCCGAAUCAGCUGUAGUCUUUAUUGCCCAAGACGAAUCAGUGAAGCUUCUGUCCUAUAAAACAAAAGCAAAUUCCUGUUUAAAUCGUUUCAAAUAUCCAGUGAACUACUGUAUCCGGUAGUAAAUUGCAUCACAAACUGAGUCACAAGUUUUAGGCCAGGUAUUGACAGUGUGUUACACUUGUAGCCGUCGACACCGGGGGCAGAGCUCUGUAAUUCAGCUGUUUUUCAAUGUCUGUCAGAUCUAAUUUUGGAUACGAAGCUCUGGUCAGCCAAGGACAGUUCCAACCGGCCAAGGCCGUCAACAGGCAGGCCUUCAGAGACUCAGGAAAACUAUUCAGGACACAUCCACAAAUAUCGGUUCCCUAUAAACACCAACGUCUCCACCGUAACAUCUAAUCCUCGUAUCACUCGGUUAUUAAGGUGAUUAGUCUCAAACAUUAAGUCAGUACAUGAGGCAGCUCAACCAUUAAGCAAAUUAAGAUCACAGCAUCUAGAGAAGCAAUAUGAGAGUCAUUACAGCACUUUGCGACACAAAUUUGUCAAUUAAUAGUUUAAAACUGUUGAGAUGAUUAUAUUAUAACACAAUUCUAACAGUGUAAGACUUUGGGUUAUCUAUCAUGUGUUACUUCCUGAAAAGGGCAUUUCUAGUUCUUCCAACACCUUCAGCACAUUCAGGCCUCUGGAAUAGUAAAAUGCGUUUUUGUUUGAAAACAGGUGGUACAAUGUUCAGUUGAUUCCCAAAGGACUAUUUCUCUGUGUGGAUCUAAGUCGGUCUUCGCUAGGGAGCAAAGCAAACUGUCUAUAAAUAUGUCUUAUUUAUUAACCAGGGACUGAAAGAACCUUGUGUGUUUAAAAGUACUAUAAAUUAUUAUUAAUUAUGAUGAAGAGUUUUUCCAAAUAUCUGUUUUUAGAGACUCAACUGAGAAUGUGGUUGUUGUUUUUUUUUAUUGCUUUCGUCAUUUUGAUCUAUGUUUUACUGAAUCAUUACUGGAAAACACCCCACUUGCUAAUGUAGCCCACAACAUUUCCCCAGUGCCUGUCCUUAACUGUGAACUGCUACAUGACCCAGAGCCAUAUAGAGAAGAUGUUUGCUCAUUUAAGGAGGCCAGGACUCCGCCUUUAGUCUAAAGGAUGACUGAGAACCCCUCACGUGUCUACAUUCAGGAGAAUAGUAUUGGAAGAUCAUUGUGUUUUUUACGAUUAAUCUCCAAAUGAAUUAUAAACCAUGAGCUCUUUGGUUUUCACUUUCCCUCCAGGGACUUUGUGAAACACAACUCUUCACUGUGUGGCUCUGGAGAGAGAGAGAGGUGAUAAUUAAGCACUUGUUGCGGGUCACGAAACCCUUUUUUUAUUUGUUUGAGUUUCCGAUGUUACAGAAAUACGACAGGAGCUUAUAUAUUUUUUUAUUCAAAACAGUUAUGGUUGACAAACAAAACAGUCUUCAGGGGCUUAGUGUCGUUUCACAGAAUUUAUUUAUCUGAAGGUUUGCGUUGUGGAUUUUUUAAUUUUAUUUCAUUUCUGUUAUUUCUAACUGUCAGCACUGUAGUGUACAUAAGAUGUUUUGUAAAGAGGAAACUUAAACUAGUGUGGUUUCUACUUUCGAGAUGAGCCUAGUUAAUAAAAGGUUCAAUGUAUGAAA